AUGUUCCGUCUUGUCUUAACACCGCUUCCAAAUUCUCUUACGAAGCUCGCAUGCAAUUGCACUUUAAAAAACAAAAUAUGGAAUCAACGCUAUCAAGCGAUAAUGCAAAAUUUAAUUCAUCGCAGCUAUACCUCGGCCACAGGCGAAAGCAACGUGGGACUAUUCGACGACAUACCGAUAAAUCCGGAGUAUUUCAACUAUAAAAGAUAUACCGCAUCGCAGGCCGCAAAAGAAACGGUUCCACCGAAAUCAUCACUUAUGCUCGUCAGAGACUUCAUCGAUGAUUGCCUGUAUAAUCCGAAUUAUGGUUAUUUUUCCAAACAGGCAGUUAUCUUCUCGCCCGAGAAAGAUUUCGAAUUCAAUAAGAUCAAGGAUAACUUGGAGUUUACGAAUUUGGUGGCAAAAAAGUAUAGGCAAUUUGAAGAAACGUUGGAUGAAACCAACGAGAUUUCUCGGCAGGUGUGGCACACUCCAACCGAGUUGUUUAAGCCGUGGUAUGGAUACGCUAUUGCCAAAUACUUGGUUAACGAGUAUAAAUUAGGUGAAUCUCCUCAGCAAGACUUGAUCAUCUACGAGCUUGGCGCAGGGAAUGGUACUCUGAUGCUCAACAUUUUGGACUACAUUCAAAAGUUCGAACCUUCUGUGUACAAGCGAACGAAGUACAGGAUUGUGGAAAUCAGCGAGAAAUUGGCCAACAGGCAACUUCAAAGUCAAAAACUUCGUGAAAGUAAAAAUACUCAUGAUUGCGUUGAAAUUAUCAACAGGAGUAUUUUCGAAUGGAAUGAAUUGGUGUCGGAUCAAUGUUUCUUUCUGGCUUGUGAAGUACUGGACAACUUCGCGCAUGACCUAAUUCGUUAUGACACAAUCACCGAGGAUCCUCUUCAAGCUAUCGUGAUAACAGAUGACAAAGGUGAAUACGAUGAACUUUAUGAACCGGUCACCGACGAAUUGAUCUUGCGAUACUUGCAACUCCGAAGUAAAACAACGUACAAAUCACCGGCACUUCAAAACCGUUUAGUCCGUCAACUCCGUAAUAAACUUCCGCUUGCGCCAAAUAUGUCUCAACCGGAAUUCAUACCAACCAAAGUUCUCCUGUUUCUCGAAAUUUUAAAAGAAUAUUUUCCGAAACAUCGAUUGAUCAUCUCGGAUUUCUACAAACUACCAAAUACAAUUAAAGGCAUAGAUGCCCCGGUGGUGCAAACCAGGUAUAAACGAAUGAUGAUACCAUGCUCAACAUUUAUGUUGUCACCGGGGUGGUUUGAUAUAUUCUUUCCAACAAAUUUUGAAUUGCUACGUGAUAUUUAUCAAUUAGUCUGUAAAUCCAGCCAGAGUGAUGGCAAGAUAGGAAUCUUUACGCAAAAAGAAUUUCUGAAGAGAUACGCGGAUCUGAAAAGAACAAAAACGAAAAGUGGCGAGAUACCUUUAUUAAUGUACUAUGAGAAUGUUAAAUUUCUAUUGAGUUGA